CCGGUGCCUGCUCCGGUGCGAGCCCGGCGGCGCCAUGGCGGACGUAACAGCGCGGAGCCUCCAGUACGAGUACAAGGCGAACUCCAACCUCGUCCUUCAAGCAGAUCGCUCCCUCAUCGACAGGACUCGGCGAGAUGAGCCGACUGGAGAGGUGCUUUCCUUGGUUGGAAAACUCGAGGGCACCCGAAUGGGAGACAAGGCCCAGAGAACCAAACCACAGAUGCAGGAGGAAAGACGAGCGAAGAGAAGGAAGCGUGAUGAAGAUAGGCAUGACAUCAACAAGAUGAAGGGUUAUACCCUGCUCUCUGAGGGCAUUGAUGAGAUGGUGGGGAUCAUCUACAAACCCAAAACCAAGGAGACCCGUGAGACCUAUGAGGUGUUGCUAAGCUUCAUUCAGGCAGCCCUUGGGGACCAGCCGCGUGACAUUCUCUGCGGAGCUGCUGAUGAGGUCCUGGCAGUCUUGAAGAAUGAGAAGCUGCGUGACAAGGAGAGGCGGAAGGAGAUUGAUUUGCUGCUGGGACAGACUGAUGAUACCCGCUACCACGUGCUGGUGAAUCUGGGCAAGAAGAUCACGGAUUACGGAGGCGACAAGGAAAUCCAGAACAUGGAUGACAAUAUUGAUGAGACGUAUGGUGUGAAUGUACAGUUCGAGUCUGACGAGGAGGAAGGCGACGAGGACAUCUACGGUGAAGUGCGUGACGAGGCGUCUGACGAUGACAUGGAAGGAGAUGAAGCUGUUGUCCGUUGCACGCUCUCGGCCAACCUUGUGGCAUCAGGUGAACUGAUGAGUUCAAAGAAGAAGGAUCUGCAUCCCCGAGACAUCGAUGCCUUCUGGCUCCAGCGGCAGCUGAGCCGGUUCUAUGAUGAUGCCAUAGUUUCCCAGAAGAAGGCAGAUGAAGUGUUAGAGAUCUUGAAGACUGCAAGCGAUGACCGGGAAUGUGAGAACCAGCUUGUUCUGCUCCUGGGCUUUAACACCUUUGACUUCAUUAAAGUGCUGCGGCAGCACAGGAUGAUGAUUCUGUACUGCACUUUGCUGGCCAGUGCCCAAAGCGAAGCUGAAAAGGAAAGGAUAAUGGGGAAGAUGGAGGCGGAUCCUGAGCUGUCGAAGUUCUUGUAUCAGCUGCAUGAGACAGAGAAAGAAGAUCUCAUCCGGGAGGAACGUUCUCGCCGGGAGCGUGUUCGUCAGUCCCGGAUGGAUACUGACUUGGAAACCAUGGAUCUGGACCAAGGAGGAGAGGCAUUGGCUCCUCGACAGGUGCUGGACUUGGAGGAUCUGGUGUUUGCUCAAGGUAGUCACUUCAUGGCCAACAAGCGAUGCCAGCUACCCGACGGCUCCUUCCGUAGGCAGCGCAAGGGCUAUGAGGAAGUGCAUGUGCCUGCCCUGAAGCCAAAGCCCUUUGGCUCUGAAGAGCAACUGGUUUCUGUGGAAAAGUUGCCCAAGUAUGCCCAGGCUGGAUUUGAAGGGUUUAAAACACUGAACCGUAUUCAGAGCAAACUCUACCGUGCUGCGCUGGAGUCGGAUGAGAACUUGCUGCUGUGCGCUCCCACGGGUGCUGGGAAAACAAACGUGGCGCUUAUGUGCAUGUUGCGGGAAAUAGGGAAGCACAUUAAUAUCGACGGAACCAUCAAUGUGGAUGAAUUCAAGAUUAUCUACAUCGCACCCAUGAGGUCCCUGGUGCAGGAGAUGGUGGGCAGCUUCGGGAAGCGCCUGGCAACUUACGGCAUCAACGUGGCUGAGCUGACGGGCGAUCACCAGCUGUGCAAGGAGGAAAUCAGCGCUACCCAGAUCAUCGUCUGCACCCCGGAGAAGUGGGACAUCAUCACGCGCAAGGGAGGAGAGCGCACCUACACCCAGCUGGUGCGGCUCGUCAUCCUGGAUGAAAUACACCUCCUCCACGAUGACCGAGGACCUGUCCUGGAGUCUUUGGUAGCCAGAGCCAUCCGCAACAUUGAGAUGACCCAAGAAGAUGUUAGGCUUGUUGGCUUGAGCGCCACCCUUCCAAACUACGAGGAUGUGGCUACGUUCCUCAGAGUAGACCCUGCCAAAGGCUUGUUCUAUUUUGAUAACAGCUUCCGACCUGUGCCCCUAGAGCAGACUUAUGUGGGUAUUACAGAGAAGAAAGCUAUCAAGCGCUUCCAGAUAAUGAAUGAGAUUGUUUAUGAGAAGAUUAUGGAGCAUGCUGGAAAGAACCAGGUCCUGGUGUUUGUUCACUCCAGGAAGGAGACUGGAAAGACUGCCCGGGCUAUCAGGGACAUGUGUCUUGAAAAAGACACCCUGGGUCUGUUCUUGCGAGAGGGCUCAGCCUCCACUGAGGUCCUGAGGACCGAAGCUGAGCAGUGCAAGAACCUGGAGCUGAAGGAUCUUCUGCCCUAUGGCUUCGCCAUUCACCACGCUGGUAUGACACGAGUGGACCGGACCCUAGUGGAGGAUCUGUUUGCUGACAAGCACAUUCAGGUUCUGGUCUCCACUGCAACACUGGCUUGGGGCGUGAACCUCCCUGCUCAUACGGUCAUCAUCAAGGGGACGCAGGUGUACAGCCCGGAGAAGGGACGGUGGACUGAGCUGGGUGCUCUGGACAUCCUGCAGAUGCUGGGGCGUGCUGGGAGGCCUCAGUACGAUACUAAAGGUGAGGGGAUCCUCAUCACGUCCCACGGAGAGCUGCAGUAUUACCUGUCCUUGCUCAACCAGCAGCUCCCCAUAGAAAGUCAGAUGGUAUCGAAGCUCCCAGACAUGCUGAAUGCGGAGACUGUGUUAGGGAACGUCCAGAAUGCAAAGGAUGCAGUGAAUUGGCUUGGCUAUACCUACUUGUACAUCCGAAUGCUGCGCUCCCCCACUCUCUACGGGAUAUCCCACGAUGAUUUGAAGGGGGAUCCGCUGCUGGACCAGCGCCGCCUGGAUCUGGUUCACACUGCAGCCUUGAUGUUAGACAAGAACAACCUGGUGAAAUAUGACAAGAAGACGGGGAACUUCCAGGUGACGGAGCUGGGCCGCAUCGCCAGCCAUUACUACAUCACCAACGAGACAAUGCAAACUUACAAUCAGCUCCUUAAACCCACCCUGAGUGAAAUCGAGCUGUUUCGGGUCUUCUCACUGUCCUCAGAGUUCAGGAACAUCACCGUAAGGGAGGAGGAGAAGCUCGAGCUUCAGAAGUUGCUGGAGCGAGUUCCGAUCCCAGUGAAGGAGAGCAUAGAGGAGCCCAGUGCCAAGAUCAACGUGCUCCUCCAGGCCUUCAUCUCCCAGCUGAAGCUGGAAGGAUUUGCUCUGAUGGCAGACAUGGUGUAUGUUACCCAGUCUGCUGGACGGCUGAUGCGUGCCAUCUUCGAGAUCGUCCUGAACCGUGGCUGGGCCCAGCUCACUGACAAAACCCUUAACCUCUGCAAGAUGAUUGACAAACGGAUGUGGCAGUCCAUGUGCCCUUUGCGCCAGUUCAAGAAACUGCCUGAAGAAGUAGUGAAGAAAAUUGAGAAGAAGAACUUCCCGUUUGAACGGCUCUAUGACUUGAACCAUAAUGAAAUAGGGGAGCUGAUCCGAAUGCCAAAAAUGGGCAAGACGAUUCACAAAUACGUCCAUUUGUUUCCGAAGUUGGAACUCUCUGUGCACUUGCAGCCCAUUACCCGCUCUACCUUGAAGGUAGAGCUCACCGUCACCCCUGACUUCCAGUGGGAUGAGAAGGUGCACGGUUCAUCUGAAGCCUUCUGGAUCCUGGUGGAGGAUGUGGACAGCGAAGUGAUCCUGCACCAUGAGUACUUCCUGCUGAAAGCCAAGUACGCGCAGGACGAGCACCUCGUCACCUUCUUCGUGCCAGUCUUUGAGCCGCUGCCCCCACAGUACUUCAUCCGGGUGGUCUCCGACCGCUGGCUCUCCUGUGAGACCCAGCUGCCUGUUUCCUUCCGCCACCUGAUCCUCCCUGAGAAGUACCCUCCUCCAACCGAGCUGCUGGAUCUGCAGCCGCUGCCUGUGUCUGCUCUGCGAAACAGUGCCUUCGAGAGCCUCUACCAGGACAAGUUCCCCUUCUUCAACCCUAUCCAGACUCAGGUGUUUAACACAGUUUAUAACAGUGAUGACAACGUGUUUGUGGGUGCCCCCACGGGAAGCGGAAAAACCAUUUGUGCGGAAUUUGCCAUCCUGAGGAUGUUGCUCCAGAACUCGGAGGGGCGCUGUGUAUAUAUCACCCCCAUGGAGGCCCUAGCAGAGCAGGUCUUCUUGGACUGGUACGAGAAAUUCCAGGAACGCCUCAAUAAGAAGGUGGUCUUGCUGACGGGGGAGACCAGCACUGACCUGAAAUUACUGGGCAAAGGGAACAUAAUUAUCAGCACCCCUGAGAAAUGGGACAUCCUGUCGCGGCGUUGGAAGCAGCGCAAGAACGUCCAGAACGUCAACCUCUUCAUUGUGGAUGAAGUGCAUCUCAUUGGGGGCGAGAACGGGCCAGUGCUGGAGGUCAUCUGCUCCCGGAUGCGCUACAUCUCCUCCCAGAUCGAGCGGCCCAUCCGCAUUGUGGCCCUGAGCUCGUCCCUGUCCAACGCCAAGGAUGUGGCACACUGGCUGGGCUGCAGCGCCACCUCCACCUUCAACUUCCACCCCAACGUCCGCCCCGUGCCCCUAGAGCUGCACAUUCAGGGCUUCAACAUCAGCCACACGCAGACUCGCCUGCUCUCCAUGGCCAAGCCUGUCUACCAUGCCAUCAUGAAGCACUCUCCCAAAAAGCCAGUCAUUGUCUUCGUCCCAUCUCGCAAGCAGACGAGACUCACAGCCAUCAACAUCCUCACCACGUGCGCCUCGGAUGUCCAGAGGCAAAGGUUCUUGCACUGCGCAGAGAAGGAUCUCAUACCGUAUCUGGACAAGCUGAAUGACAGUACUCUGAAGGAGACGCUUGUGAAUGGAGUGGGCUACCUCCACGAGGGGCUGACAGCCAUGGAACGGCGAGUGGUGGAGCAGCUUUUCAGCUCUGGAGCAGUUCAGGUGAUGGUUGCCUCCCGCAGCCUCUGCUGGGGUAUGAAUAUUGCUGCUCACCUCGUGAUCAUCAUGGACACGCAGUACUACAAUGGGAAGAUCCAUGCGUACGUGGAUUACCCCAUCUACGAUGUUCUGCAGAUGGUGGGCCACGCUAAUCGUCCGCUGCAGGACGAUGAGGGCCGUUGUGUCAUCAUGUGCCAGGGAUCCAAGAAGGAUUUCUUCAAGAAGUUCCUCUACGAGCCCUUGCCGGUGGAGUCGCACUUGGACCACUGCAUGCACGACCACUUCAAUGCUGAGAUUGUCACCAAGACCAUUGAAAACAAGCAAGAUGCAGUGGAUUAUCUCACUUGGACUUUUCUCUAUCGCAGGAUGACCCAGAAUCCAAACUACUACAACCUGCAAGGUGUGUCCCACAGGCAUCUCUCAGACCAUCUGUCUGAGCUGGUGGAGCAGACCCUGAGCGACCUGGAGCAGUCCAAGUGCAUCAGCAUUGAGGAUGAGAUGGAUGUGGCUCCUUUGAACCUCGGGAUGAUCGCAGCUUACUACUACAUCAACUACACCACCAUCGAGCUCUUUAGCAUGUCCCUCAACGCCAAGACCAAGGUGCGAGGGCUGAUUGAAAUCAUCUCCAACGCUGCGGAGUAUGAGAACAUCCCCAUCAGGCACCAUGAGGACAACCUGCUGCGGCAGCUGGCCCAGAAAGUUCCUCACAAGCUGACCAACCCCAAAUUCAAUGAUCCCCACGUCAAGACCAACUUGCUGCUGCAAGCUCACUUGUCACGCAUGCAGCUGAGCGCCGAGCUGCAGUCAGACACUGAGGAGAUCCUCAGCAAGGCGAUCCGGCUGAUCCAGGCAUGUGUGGACGUGCUGUCCAGCAACGGCUGGCUCAGCCCCGCGCUAGCCGCGAUGGAGCUGGCGCAGAUGGUCACGCAGGCCAUGUGGUCAAAGGACUCGUACCUCAAGCAGCUGCCUCACUUUACCUCUGAGCACAUCAAGCGCUGCACGGACAAGGGGGUCGAGAGCGUCUUCGACAUCAUGGAGAUGGAGGAUGAGGACCGAAACGCCCUGCUGCAGCUCUCCGACGCCCAGAUCGCGGAUGUAGCCCGCUUCUGUAACCGCUACCCCAACAUCGAGCUCUCCUACGAAGUGGUGGAGAAGGAGAGCAUCCGCAGUGGGGGGCCUGUGGUGGUGCUGGUGCAGCUGGAACGCGAAGAGGAGGUCACCGGCCCCGUCAUUGCACCCCUGUUUCCCCAGAAACGUGAGGAGGGCUGGUGGGUGGUGAUCGGUGACUCCAAAUCCAACAGCCUCAUUUCUAUCAAGCGGUUGACGCUGCAGCAGAAAGCCAAGGUGAAGCUGGAUUUCGUGGCCCCGGCCACGGGGACACACAACUACACGCUCUACUUCAUGAGCGACGCCUACAUGGGCUGCGACCAGGAGUACAAGUUCAGCGUGGACGUGAAGGAGGCGGAGAGCGACAGCGACUCCGACUGAGGAGGGCUCCCGCCGGCCCACCGUUCCCCCGCCGGGCAGCCAGCCCUGCUGAGGAUUCGCCCGGUGUUCAGCGAGCAAACCUGAGCCGUUGUAGCGCUUGUGUCACGUCUGUUCGUGUGACUGACAUAUGUCACUCGCUGUUUGUGCUGCCUGCCCAGCUCCUUAGAGCGUGGGACUCCCUCUUCUCCCGUGCUACGCGUCUUUUUAAGAUGUUGAUGCUUUGUACAGUGUUUUUUUUAGACAGGAGCUGCAUGCAGAAACAUGAUACAACUGCAGCAGCUGGAAUAAAUCUCAAGCCCUUU